AAGUCGGUUUUGUUGAGUUGAUCAGUUGAAUUCACGUCGUCGGCGAGUCGAGAAGCAAAACGCGGAAACGCUUGAGCAAACAAAGCCGAGAACCUGAGCUGAGUGUUAAGAUACUUUAAGUGUGGUUUUGCGCGCGGGUUUUUCGCUUUGACAUAAAUCAGAGCAAUUUGCAGAUCGUUGUUUCUUGCAAGCGUUGUGAAUGAGCCAACUUUAGCGGCGAUUAUUGUGCAGUGCAGCUUUCAAAUCCAUCUCAGUGUGGUAAUUUUUCAGUUGGCUAAUUGUGCAAGUAAAACAAAAAUUCAAAACAACAACCACGCUUCGUCUAGUCGGCAAUAGUAUCUGUGUGCGUUUCGGUGUAUUUGUAUCUGUGUCCGCUCAAUCUUUGCUCAAUCGCAAUCUUUGGGCAUUGCCAAAACAGGUUAACUAAAAGCAAACGUGUUCUUUACGUUUCUGUUGACUUUUGCCAGCCGCAAAGCCAAAAGUUAGUCAGCAAAAAAAAAACAAAACAACAAAAAUAUAGGGGAAAAAUACAAAUUACGAGGAAAAUCAAUAACAGACUGUUGCCACAGUUCCUGCAAUCCGUGGUUUCUCGUCGGAAUAAAAGCAGCUGCGGUCCAUUUAAGAACUUCAAGGAGCACAGAACUGCCGCGAAAUGGACGCCGCUGCCGACGGAGUACCGCCAACGGCGCCAGCUGCGACGGCGACGACGGCCAACAGCGAUCUGGACUUGGCGGCACGUCGGCGUCUCUUCAUCUCACAGCCCUCGACGCUGGCGACGCGCCGCCAGCAGGCGGUUUGUGUGCGGCGGGCGCACAAAAUGUAUGGCAGCAGCAAGAACCCCAACGUUGUCCUCGACGGCCUGAACAUGACAGUGCCCAAGGGUUCCAUAUACGGUCUCCUGGGCGCCUCUGGAUGCGGGAAAACAACGCUGCUCAGCUGCAUCGUCGGACGACGUCGCCUUAAUUCUGGCGAGAUUUGGGUGCUCGGCGGACGACCCGGAUCUCGGGGUUCCGGAGUGCCUGGUCCCCGGAUUGGCUAUAUGCCACAGGAGAUAGCCCUUUACGGCGAGUUCACGAUGCGUGAGACCUUAAUCUACUUCGGCAUCAUUUCUGCAAUGUCCAAAAGCGACAUCGAGGAUCGUACAGAAUUCCUUCUCAAAUUACUCAAUUUGCCAAAUGCCUCCAAAUUUGUCAAGAAUCUGAGUGGUGGCCAGCAGCGGCGAGUGAGUCUGGCAGUGGCUCUGCUCCAUGAGCCAGAGCUACUCAUCCUGGAUGAGCCCACAGUGGGUGUGGACCCCGUUUUGCGUCAGAGCAUCUGGGAUCAUUUGGUGGACAUUACGAAAAAUGGUCACACGACUGUGAUAAUCACCACGCAUUACAUCGACGAGUGUGCCCAGGCACAUAUGAUCGGUCUAUUGCGCGGUGGAAAAAUGCUGGCAGAGGAAUCGCCGGACUAUCUGCGUCAGCAGUAUAAUGCCGACUCGCUGGAGGAUGUCUUCCUGAAGCUCUCGGUUUUGCAGAACAUGGGAAAACGCCGCCGAUCGUCGAUAGCUCAGGAAAUUGUGGAACAGGUUACGGUGCCGGCGAUCUCUAAUCCCGCCUUGGACAUGUCCGAUGAGCAGCAUGCCGCCGAAAUUUCCGGCGAGUUCGGUGACAAUAUUUCAAUGUCGUCCGCGGCUCGGGAUCCGAUCAGUACUACCGCGCCCGCAGCUCCACCGUUGCCACCGCCCCAGGAAAUACCCACAUCCUUCUGGUAUAAUCUACAUGUGAUGCAGUCGCAUCACCUGCACGCCCUCAUCUGGAAAAACUUCUUGUGGAUGAUGCGCAACGUGGGGGUGAUGCUGUUCAUCGUGGGUCUGCCCGUGGUGCAGAUACUGCUCUUCUGUUACGCCAUCGGCCAUGAUCCAACUGGCCUCAAAUUGGCCGUGGCGAAUCACGAGAUGUCGGGGGAAAUGAUUAUGGAACAAUUCUGUCCAGUGCACACCGGAUGCAAUCAGACGAUGCUGAGCUGCCGUUAUCUCGAUAUGCUGGUCAAGAACAAGAGCAUGGUUGUGCAAUAUGUGACCGACGAUGAAAUGGCUUACGAAGAGGUAAGGAAAGGUAGAGCCUGGGCCGCCCUGGUAAUCCAACCCAACUAUACCGCUUCUCUGAUGGAACGCGUUGAGGAUGGUCGGUAUGCAGAAGAUGGAACCAUCGAGUCAUCCGACCUGGCAGUACGAAUGGACUGGUCAAAUCAACAAAUCUCACAGUUGCUGUACCGCGAUCUCCAGUACACAUUCUUCAACUUUGUGGGCGACAUGCUAAGCGACUGUGAUGUGAAUCCGAAACUAGGACGUGUGCCCGUGGACUUUCAGCAUCCUGUGUAUGGCUAUCGCAAUCCCAACUUCACAGACUUUGCUGCUCCCGGUGUUAUCCUGACGAUCAUCUUCUUUUUGGCCGUGGCUGUUACCUCCGGAGCUAUGUUAAUCGAUCGGAAUGAGGGCAUGUUGGAGCGCUGCUUGGUGGCUGGAAUUACGGGUCCGGAGAUCCUUCUCUCCCAGGUGGUCACCCAGUUCACGGUGAUGCUGAGCCAGACGAUCUUCGUCCUGAUAGUCAGCUUCUACUUCUUCGAACUUACCUUGGUGGGUAACAUAUGGCUUGUGGUGGCACUCUGCAUCCUGAAUGGACUGUGCGGCAUGAGCUUUGGAUUCGUUAUUUCCUGUGCUGUGGACACGGAGCGAACUGCUACUUAUGUGGCGAUGGGUUCCUUCUUGCCCAUCGUUAUGUUGUGCGGCAUUAUCUGGCCGAUCGAGGGCAUGUUCCCGCUUCUGCAGUUCUUCACAGCCUUCCUGCCGCUCACCAAGCCAACGGAAUCAAUGCGAUCCAUUCUGCAACGCGGCUGGGGCAUCGACAAUCCCGUCGUCUACAAUGGGUUUAUUUCCAUUACUUCCUGGGUUCUGGUAUUCCUCGUACUCACCAUCCUGCUGCUCAAGUUCAAGAAGGGAUAAGAUCUUCUCUUGGGUCUACCCGACACAGGAAGAAAAUGUGAUGUUAUGUUGGAAGCUGAAAUCUAUCUGUCUAUCCCAACUUAAAGUAGUGAUUGCUUUUGGCAUAUAUUAAGGGACUUUUCAUGACCUCUAAAUUCGCAUUAAUUCCUGUGCCUAUUUCUUAUGAUUUUACUAGGUUUUAAGGGUAGACUUACGCUAUCUUAGCCAGUAAUUAGUCUUAGACUUCCCUCACUGACAAUAGGUUCCGGAUCACCACUACUACUAAGUAUGGAAAUUGUUGUGCCUUGUAGAAUAAGCCUUCCCAUUUCAUUUUACUUUCAUCCCCAUUCACCCACAAAACAACAUCGAAACAUUCUAUUUAUGUUGUAAGCUCGUGAACAAAAAUUUCAAAAGUUUGAAUAAAUUGAUAGAAAAACUUUGACGAGA